AUCGGGCUGGACUCCGGGCAGCGGCACAUCGGGCUGGGACUCUGGGCAGAGGCACAUCGGGCUGGACUCCGGGCAGAGGCACAGAGCCCCCAGGAGGAGCGGCAGGCACAGGGCCCCCAGGCGGGGCAGCAGGCACAGGGCCCCCAGGCGGGGCGGCAGGCACCGGGCCCCCAGGCGGGGCGACAGGCACCGGGCCCCCAGGCGGAGCGACAGGCACCGGGCCCCCAGGCGGAGCGACAGGCACCGGGCCCCCAGGCGGAGCGACAGGCACAGGGCCCCCAGGAGGAGCGGCGGGCGCCGGGCCCCCAGGCGGGGGCGGCGGGUGCCGGGCCCCCAGGCGGAGCGGCGGGCCCUCAGGCAGAGCGGCGGGCACCGGGCCCCCAGGAGGGGCGGCAGGCACAGGGCCCCCAGGAGGGGCGGCGGGCACCGGGUCAUCAGGCACGACAGCAGCGGGCACCGGGUCAUCUGGCGUUGGAUCGUCUGGCUCGACAGCGGGGCAUCGGGUCACCCAGGCAUGACAGCGGGCACUGGGUCAUCAGGCAUUGGAUCGUCUGGCUCGACAGCGGGCAUCGGGUCACCAGGCAUCAGGUCAUUUGCUCGACAGCGGGCACCGCGUCAUCUGGCAAGGCAGUGGGCACCGAGUCCCCAGGCAUGACAGUGGGCUCUGAGUCAAGUGGUACGACAGCGGGAACCGGGUCAUCAGGUACCAGAUCGUCUGUUCGACAGCAGGCACCGGGUCAUCUGGCGCUGGAUCGUCUGGCUCGACAGCGGGCAUCGGGUCACCAGGCAUGACAGCGGGCCCUGUGUCAUCAGGCAUUGGAUCGUCUGGCUCGACAGCGGGCAUCGGGUUACCAGUAUGACAGCGGGCACUGGGUCAUCAGGCAUGAUAGGAUCAUCAGGCUGGAUCAGCUGGGUAGAGACAUCAGGCUGAAGUGCGGGUGCCGAGGCACCAGGCUGAACCACGGAAGGCAGGUUCUCAGACGGCAGGCUCACCGGUUUGGAUACUGGCAGGAUGGUACUGGUUGGAAAG